UUAUUCUUUAGUCGAGUAAGAUCUGGACCGAAGGAAACAUCUAAAAUAACGCAAGGAAGGGUUUUUGAAAGCCGGAGUGAUUUUUUUUUACCAUCUCUUACCAUCUUUGUUCAUCACUCGUUGUGUGAAACAUUUGAGAAAAAAUAAAGAAAAAAACCAUUUUUUUUUUUUUUUGAAAAUUGAAAAAAAACCUACAAUUUGAAAUAAAAUUAAUUUUUAAAAAAAUAACCAACAUACAAAAAAAAAAGAAAGGUACUGCAAAACACAAUUUCAAAGAAACUUUUUAACACAAAAGAAAAUUGAGUCUUGAAAAAGAGGGAAAAAUCGAUAAUUUAUAAGACCGACCCUUAAAACAAAAAAAAAAUCUAAAAUAAAAACAAGAGACUAUCAAUUUUUUUCUUUCUUUCUCUGUAAGAACAAAAACUAAAAAAUAUUUAAGGCAAAAAAAAAAACUUUAAAACCAUUAAUAAAAAAAAAAACAACUAGAGAAAAACAACUGAAUUUAUUUUUUCAGAAAAGGGAAAUUUAAAAAAAAAAUUUUUUUUGAAUAUUCUCUUUUUAUCCGAAUAAAUAAAUUGGAAAAUUAUUCUGAAAGAAGAAAAAAAUUACAAUUAUUAUGGCAGACUCAGAAAAGGAGCAACAACAACAAGCCCAAGGCGGUGAUCAGUCACCACAAACGGCUAAAGCACCGAAGCAAGUAAUUGCUGUUAAGGUAACUGGUACUGUUAAAUGGUUUAAUGUGAAAAGCGCCUAUGGUUUCAUUAAUCGCGACGAUACUAAAGAAGAUGUGUUCGUACAUCAGACGGCCAUUGUUAAAAAUAAUCCAAAAAAAGCUGUCCGCUCAGUUGGAGACGGUGAAGUUGUUGAAUUUGAUGUUGUCAUUGGAGAAAAAGGUAAUGAAGCAGCUAAUGUUACUGGUCCAUUUGGUGAACCAGUUAAAGGUAGUCAAUUUGCUGCUGAUAAAAGACGUUUCCGUUGGCAAAGUAAAAAUCGUCUACGUAACCAACAAAAGAAAUUAAGCGGUACAACAGGUGGCGGAAAUGGCCAAGAAGGCACUGAUGGUGAAGGUGCCCAACAGAGUGAUGGAGGCGGUCAACAACAGCAACGUCCCCAACAAAGACGUAUCCGACGCGGCCGUGGUGGCCGUGUUAAUUACUUCAGACGUCCGAGACGUCAAACAGGUGGUAAUAAUGCCGGAGGAGAGAAUCAAAACGGUGGAGAUGCUAAUGGUGGCGGAGAUUCAGCUACCGAAGGUCAAGGACAAGGACAAGGACAACAACGCCGUGGACCUCCUAAACGAUUCCGUAUUAAUUUCAGGGGUGGACCACCACGUGGAGGUAAUCGUCGUAUUAAUAAUCAAGAUGGCGAACAACAAGAUGGAAAUCAGGGUGGUGGUCAAGGUCAACAAGGAAAUGGUGGUGGUAAUGGCGGUGGCAACGGUGGUAAAGGUGCUGGCGGGCAACGUAACCGCCGCAGACGUUAUAAUCGCAAGAGGAAGAAUGGCGGUGCUAACGAACAAGGUGGUAAUAAUGAACAACAAGUUCAUAAUACUACUGGUGAAAGCAGCGCUUAAAAUAUAAAACAGCAAUAUAAAAGCAACUACAAUAUAACAACCAUUAAAAAGAGAAAGAGAGACAUUAAAAUAGCACCUUUAAUUUUCGUUCUCUUUAUUUAAUAAACAAGAAAAAAAAAUACAAUAAAAAAGAAAAAAUAAAAAAAAAAAGAAAAAAUACAAAAAAAAAAAGAAAACAAAAAACUCCGAAUAUUACCAAUUAAAAAACAAGGAUAAUUUUUGGUCGAAUGUAGAGUUAAAGAAAAUUUUUUUUAUUAUUAUUUAUAAAAAUUUAAGUUAUUGAGUCUACCAAAAACUCUACAUUUAUGAUUUUAUUUUAUUAAUUUAAGCAUGAUUACUUUUUUAAUAUAUUGAAAAACAGAAACAACCAGAAAACAAUAAGAAUAUUGAACCGAAAUAAAAUAAAAAAAGAAAAAUUUACAGAUUUUUGCAAUUUGUGCACCCCUUUAAAAA